AUGAUAAAUAUAAAAAUUAUAAAUUUAACAUCCAAGCACAACCAAUUACCAUCAUUCGAUAAUAAAAUAAAUGCCCGGCGUAAAAAAAAAAAUAAAUGCCCGAGAUUGGCUAAUAUUUUAAAUCUCAUUCAAAUUGAAAAAAGAGUAAAAUUUAAAAAUUUAAAAGAAAAUAAUAAAAAUAACCCUUUUCAAGCUUUUGUUAAUCAAAUUCAAAUUUUAACUUGUUAUUCUCAAUUUUUUUUUUUUUCCACUAUGAUAAUAUCAGAAUCAAUCCAAUCAUCUCAAAUUAAUAAUAUUCUGUUUUAA